AUGGAUGACCAGAGGGGAAAUGAAUCCAAGUGUGGAAAGAGUGUGACAGAAUAUGCUAGAUGGUGUGCCAAGGUUGUUAGGGAAGAAGGAUGGGUUGACUUCUCUGAAGGUAGCGUAGAGGGAGCCGAGCAAAGAGGAAAUGGAAGAGCCAUUGAUCUUAUGGUUUCUGGAGAGAUGUUCAGGGCGGAUAGAAUUUUGGAUAGGAGUGAAGAGUCUAUGACCUUUGCAAAUGAAAGUGAGGACUUAGACCUACUCCAAGCUACAGAUGCAUUGGCAAAAACUUGUGCGCGGCAGCUUCAUCUUCUAAUCUAG